CAGGGGCCAAAAAAGAAGGGGAUGAAAUUAAGCACAGAAGAUGGGUAAAGAAAAAAGUAUCAGGGAAAGGGCAAAAUAAGAGAAAGCCUUGAGGAUAAGAGGGUAGAAGGCUAAAGAACAAGGGGACCACGGGGUCGGGGAAGCGCUGCCCGAACGGCGGGACAAUGACAAAGAAAGGGCGCUGGCGAUAUUCGCACCAAGGGUGCGAAACGCAAUCGGGAGGUGAGAAAUGGAAAGAAGGCGAAUGCCCGGCUACAAGUAGCCUGGGACUGAAAGGGGAAAUGGGGGAGGGGCUGGGCCCAGGGCAGAAAAGUCCAGGUUCCCAUGCGGCCUGGGCCCACGUGGAGCGGGCGCUGAAUCACCGUUCAGCCGCCCCCCCUCCCCUCCUCCCCGACCGGUGCCCGCAGUCCCCGCCUCCUCGGCCGCCGCCUCCACGGGGCGGGGCCCUGGCCCGGGACCAGCGCCGCGGCUAUAAAUGGGCUGCGGCGAGGCCGGCAGAACGCUGUGACAGCCACACGCCCCAAGGCCUCCAAGAUGAGCUACACGUUGGACUCGCUGGGCAACCCGUCCGCCUACCGGCGGGUAACCGAGACCCGCUCGAGCUUCAGCCGCGUCAGCGGCUCCCCGUCCAGCGGCUUCCGCUCGCAGUCGUGGUCCCGCGGCUCGCCCAGCACCGUGUCCUCCUCCUAUAAGCGCAGCAUGCUCGCCCCGCGCCUCGCUUACAGCUCGGCCAUGCUCAGCUCCGCCGAGAGCAGCCUUGACUUCAGCCAGUCCUCGUCCCUGCUCAACGGCGGCUCCGGACCCGGCGGCGACUACAAGCUGUCCCGCUCCAACGAGAAGGAGCAGCUGCAGGGGCUGAACGACCGCUUCGCCGGCUACAUAGAGAAGGUGCACUACCUGGAGCAGCAGAAUAAGGAGAUUGAGGCGGAGAUCCAGGCGCUGCGGCAGAAGCAGGCCUCGCACGCCCAGCUGGGCGACGCGUACGAGCAGGAGAUCCGCGAGCUGCGCGCCACCCUGGAGAUGGUGAACCACGAGAAGGCUCAGGUGCAGCUGGACUCGGACCACCUGGAGGAAGACAUCCACCGGCUCAAGGAGCGCUUCGAGGAGGAGGCGCGGUUGCGCGACGACACUGAGGCGGCCAUCCGCGCGCUGCGCAAAGACAUCGAGGAGGCUUCGCUGGUCAAGGUGGAGCUGGACAAGAAGGUGCAGUCGCUGCAGGAUGAGGUGGCCUUCCUGCGGAGCAACCACGAGGAGGAGGUGGCCGACCUUCUGGCCCAGAUCCAGGCAUCGCACAUCACGGUGGAGCGCAAAGACUACCUGAAGACAGACAUCUCGACGGCGCUGAAGGAAAUCCGCUCCCAGCUCGAAAGCCACUCAGACCAGAAUAUGCACCAGGCCGAAGAGUGGUUCAAAUGCCGCUACGCCAAGCUCACCGAGGCGGCUGAGCAGAACAAGGAGGCCAUCCGCUCCGCCAAGGAAGAGAUCGCCGAGUACCGGCGCCAGCUGCAGUCCAAGAGCAUCGAGCUAGAGUCGGUGCGCGGCACCAAGGAGUCCCUGGAGCGGCAGCUCAGCGACAUCGAGGAGCGCCACAACCACGACCUCAGCAGCUACCAGGACACCAUCCAGCAGCUGGAAAAUGAGCUUCGGGGCACAAAGUGGGAAAUGGCUCGUCAUUUGCGCGAAUACCAGGACCUCCUCAACGUCAAGAUGGCUCUGGAUAUAGAAAUCGCUGCGUACAGAAAACUCCUGGAGGGUGAAGAGACUAGAUUUAGCACAUUUGCAGGAAGCAUCACUGGGCCACUGUAUACACACCGACCCCCAAUCACAAUAUCCAGUAAGAUUCAGAAAACCAAGGUGGAAGCUCCCAAGCUUAAGGUCCAACACAAAUUUGUCGAGGAGAUCAUAGAGGAAACCAAAGUGGAGGAUGAGAAGUCAGAAAUGGAAGAGGCCCUGACAGCCAUUACAGAGGAAUUGGCCGUUUCCAUGAAGGAAGAGAAGGAAGAAGCAGCAGAAGAAAAGGAAGAGGAACCCGAAGCUGAAGAAGAAGAAGUAGCUGCCAAAAAGUCUCCAGUGAAAGCAACUGCACCUGAAGUUAAAGAAGAGGAAGGGGAAAAGGAGGAAGAAGAAGGCCAGGAAGAAGAGGAGGAAGAAGAUGAGGGAGUUAAGUCAGACCAAGCCGAAGAGGGAGGAUCCGAGAAGGAAGGCUCUAGUGAAAAAGAGGAAGGUGAGCAGGAAGAAGGAGAAACAGAAGCUGAAGCUGAAGGAGAGGAAGCCGAAGCUAAAGAGGAAAAGAAAGUGGAGGAAAAGAGUGAGGAAGUGGCUACCAAGGAGGAGCUGGUGGCAGAUGCCAAGGUGGAAAAGCCAGAAAAAGCCAAGUCUCCUGUGCCAAAAUCACCAGUGGAAGAGAAAGGCAAGUCUCCUGUGCCAAAGUCACCAGUGGAAGAGAAAGGCAAGUCUCCUGUGUCAAAAUCACCAGUGGAAGAGAAAGGCAAGUCUCCUGUGUCAAAAUCACCAGUGGAAGAGAAAGCCAAAUCUCCUGCGCCAAAAUCACCAGUGGAAGAGGCGAAGUCAAAAGCAGAAGUGGGGAAAGGUGAACAGAAAGAAGAAGAAGAAAAGGAAGUCAAGGAAGCUCCCAAGGAAGAGAAGGUAGAGAAAAAGGAAGAGAAACCAAAGGAUGUGCCAGAGAAGAAGAAAGCUGAGUCCCCUGUAAAGGAGGAAGCUGUGGCGGAGGUGGUCACCAUCACCAAAUCGGUAAAGGUUCACUUGGAGAAAGAGACCAAAGAAGAGGGGAAGCCACUGCAGCAGGAGAAAGAGAAGGAGAAAGCGGGAGGAGAGGGAGGAAGUGAGGAGGAAGGGAGUGAUAAAGGUGCCAAGGGAUCCAGGAAGGAAGACAUAGCUGUCAAUGGGGAGGUAGAAGGAAAAGAGGAGGUAGAGCAGGAGACCAAGGAAAAAGGCAGUGGGAGGGAAGAGGAGAAAGGCGUUGUCACCAAUGGCCUAGACUUGAGCCCAGCAGAUGAAAAGAAGGGGGGUGAUAAAAGUGAAGAGAAAGUGGUGGUGACCAAAACGGUAGAAAAAAUCACCAGUGAGGGGGGAGAUGGUGCUACCAAAUACAUCACUAAAUCUGUAACCGUCACUCAAAAGGUUGAAGAGCAUGAAGAGACCUUUGAGGAGAAACUAGUGUCUACUAAAAAGGUAGAAAAAGUCACUUCACACGCCAUAGUAAAGGAAGUCACCCAGAGUGACUAAGAUUUGAGUCCAUUGCAAAAGGUUAAGCCAUAUGACAAUUUCAAAAUGCAUGUGAUUGGCAGCUUCAAAACAGAACGGGUUCUCCCAUGGGGGCUCCAGACAUUGUAUUUUACUUUGUGCAAUAUGAGGGGACUGCAUGCAAGCUCAGGGUGCUCCCUCCUCAGUCUUUGGGGGAUUCAAAUGCAUGAUAUUGUAUGUACCUGGGAAAUUUGCCAAUUUCCUAAGCUGUUGGAAGGGGGUCACUUAAGGGGGGAUGUCUUGAGAUGUAUUAUGCAAAGUACCAACUGAGCCAAAAACAAUAAAUGAAACACAGAACUCAGCCUUAAGAAAGCUAUAUAUGAAUAAUUAUGUUUACCUCACUGGUGCAUUUAAAAUGGACUUUUGUUCAUGGGAGAACCUCGUUGACAUGCACAGUUUGCAAUCUUAUGUUGAUCGAUGUUAAACGUCACAGCAGUACUUGCUCAAUAAAGGUCAUAUUGGAAACAUA